AUGGGAAUUAGCCGAAGUGGUUUAAAUGAGACGCUUAUUAAUACGCUGCUUACAAGCAACGUCACAAUCUUUGCACCAACCAACGGGGCGUUCUUCCGCAUGCCCAAGAAUGUGCGUUUUGGAGGACUGCAGAGGAAGAAGAAAGUUCUCUGGCAGGUGAUGGCCUCUCACGCUCUGCCAUGUCGGAUUGAUAUCAAUGACAUCAAGGCCCUUGGAAAUGGAUUUCUGAUGAAAACACUUGAUAGCUCUUCACUCAUGAAGAACGAAACCAACAAUCGGCUGCGUAUCGUCAGGGCUGAGGAAGACUCUUGGGGCUCGAGAGUUUUGAUCGGGAACAUGUACUCGAGCCCAUCAAUUGUUGUCCAUGCGCUUUUCCACGCUCGUCCGCUCACCCCAACAAUCAAGCAUCCAUACACAGUCAGUAUGGCUCCUCCUAAAAAGGCCCUCAGAGCAGAUGCGCCGUGGCGCGCCAAGGGCACGGGGGUGGCUCUCAUUGGCGGGCCCCCGCUGGCGACAGUGCGACGCGGGCCCGAGUUUGACUAUGCCAUGAGCAUCAUGCGGCACCCAGACCCCAUAGGAAUGGGGUUGGCGCAGGAGGCAGGGGUGGAGGCAGCGGGGGAGGACUGUCUGGUGCCGGGGCUCAAGCGGCCUGUCAUUGUCAUGGGCGUGCAGGUGUGGCCGCUGGAGGUUAACAACCCGCUCUCCUGGAAGGCCAUCGAGCCGAUGGCGCGAGAGCUCAAGACCGUUUCCAAGAUCCAGCGUCCGCCCCCGAACCAGUUCCCGAGCCUCCACCCGUACCUGUUCCUUUCCCCGAGCCAGAUCCCGAGCCCCUUGAGUUCCCCCCCCCUUUUCCCUUCCCCUUGCCUGCACUGCUUCCCUUUCCUGUUCCCGUACCUCCCCCCGCAACUGACCCCGUGCCUCCUCCCGUGCCUGUCCCCGUGCCUGUCCCUGUGCCUCCUCCCGUGCCUGUCCCCGUGCCUCCUCCUGUGCCUGUUCCCGUACCUCCCCCCGCGCUGGUCCCCGUACCUCCCCCCGCGCCUGCUCCCGAACCUCCCCCCGCGCCUGCCCCCGUACCUCCCCCCGCGCCUGUCCCCGUACCUAUCCCCGCGCCUGUUCCCGUACCUGUUCCCGUGCCGCUCCCUGUACCUUUCCCCGUACCAGUCCCCGUACCUUUCCCGGCGCCUGUCCCCGUACCUUUCCCCGCGCCUGUCCCCGCGCCGGUCCCCGUACCCUUCCCCGCGCCCGUACCCGUUCCUUUUCCUGCGCCUGUCCCGGUUCCUUUCCCCGCGCCAGUCCCGGCUCCUUUCCCCGCGCCAGUUCCUGAACCUGUGCUUGUCCCCGUACCUUUCCCCGCGCCUGUCCCGGCGCCUGUCCCCGUACCUUUCCCUGCACCCGUUCCCGUACCCUUCCCUACGCCUGUCCCCGUACCCUUCCCCGCACCCGUUCCUGUACCCUUUCCCGCGCCUGUCCCCGUACCUUUCCCCGCGCCUGUCCCCGUACCUUUCCCCGCGCCUGUCCCCGUACCUUUCCCCGCGCCUGUCCCUGAAACUUUCCCCGCGCCGGACCCAAUUUCCGGCACCUUCCGCUCUCCGGUUGCCGUUCCAGUACUUCCACCAGUCCCCGCGCCCCUGCCUGCGCCAGAACCCAUCCCUGUGCCCGCUGAUUUUCCGGUUGCAGAAGAUUUCCCCGUACCGGCCGCUGACGUCAUCGCCAUGA